AUGGAUUCCUCAAGUUUGCACGAGGCUCAGAAGGAAGAUGGUAAAGUUAUUCAGCAAAUAAACUUCCAGGAAAAAGAGGACGAAACAGAGGACGAAUUACAGCAGCAAACAGAUAUCAUCACCUACAUGGGAUAUGAACUAUACUGGGCUGCAGAAAGAGGCAAAAUCAACAAUGUCAUGUUGGAAAGGAGAAACAAUCUCCAAAGCUUACUCACUCCAAAUAAGAACACAAUCCUUCAUAUUUAUAUCACAUCGACUUCUUCUGAAGAUCUUGAACAAACAGAGUUUCCCAAUGCGAAAAAGGAGACUCCUCUUCACAUAGCAGCUAGGUAUGGACAUGCUUCGAUAGUGGAGCUACUCAUUCAACAUGCAAAAGCUCUUCAUCCUCAAAACCUUGAGGGAGAUGUAGAAGCAGCCAGGCAGAUGAUGAGGAUGCCUAAUCAAAAUCAAGAUACAGCUUUCCAUGAGGCGGUUCGAUUUCAGCAUCUAAGCGUGGUGAAGAUAUUGAUCAGGGAAGACUGCGAUUUCGUACAUUCGGCUAAUGAGGAGGGUGAGACUCCACUCUACAUGGCAGCCGAGAGAGGAUACAGUGACAUUGUGUUUGAGAUAUUAGACAAGUGCAAAUCACCAGCUACUGGUGGUCCUGAUGGCAGAAAUGUUCUGCAUGCUUCAACUAUACGCAAAGAGAGAGGAAAAAUGGGAGCACUAACGUUGAAAGAAGCAGAUAAAAUGGGCUGGACUCCAUUACACCAUGCUGCAAAUAUGGGAUAUUUUCCUGCAGUGAAACUGUUUAUAGAAUCACCCAUUGAUCGAGAAGCAGCCUACAUGAAGGACACUCAAGGAAACACUGCUCUUCAUCUUGCAGUUGCUUUAAAUCAUGAGUUGACAAUGUCGGAAAUUAUAAAAUGA